CUUUUCGUACACGUUGCAUAGUUAAGUAAUUCAGCUCUACAUUUAGAAGUUCCAGGUAGUUUAUGGUCAGGGUCUUUGCCCGAAAAGGAGUUUACCUUAUUUCUGCACGAUACGUUUGCGGACAUUCUGGACGCAGAGUGAGAUUUUCAAGCCUCACCGAGAGAAACUAUCUUCAACGCAGACUGUAUUAUCUGACCAUGUCGUCGGGAAAUCGCUCAACUGGGGUCCCUGCGUGGGAAGGAAGAAUUCGCUUACUGCUAUGCGUUGUAGGGAUAAUUUUAUCAGUGUAUGCCCUACACGUCGAGCUAUCAAAAGAGCAUGAUCCGGGGUAUAAAGCUCUGUGUGACCUCGCCGACUCCGUCAGCUGCUCCAAAGUGUUUACCUCUAGAUGGGGACGUGGCUUUGGGCUGCUUCAGUUUUUUGUUCCAGUUGACAGUCCACUGAAUCAGCCAAACAGUCUUUUAGGCAUCAUAUUCUAUACACUGCAGUUGGCUUUAGGCCAGCUUGUGUCCAAAAGAGCUGCACUCCUCCUUGUGAUCACCUCUUGGGUGUCUAUGGCAGGCUCUGUGUAUCUUGCUGGCAUCCUUGCUUUCGUUUUAGGUGACUUGUGUGUGGUUUGUGUAUCCACCUAUGUUGUCAACUUUGCUCUACUUUACACCAAUCUGAAACGAAGAUAUGGAUUGAAUGCUGAGAAAAAGAAGGAGAAAGCUGGCUGAGGAACCACUAUAUUUUUGCUGGGCAUUGCUGGAAUUUUGCUGGAUUUUUUUCUGUGUGUGUCUGUGUGUGUGUGUGUGUGUGUGUGUGUGUGUGUGUGUUUGUGUGUGUGUGUCUCUGUGUGUGUGUGCGUGUGUGUGUGUGUGUGUGUGUGUGUCUGUCACUGAUGUUAUAAAAAAAAUUCUAAUUUCUAACCUUAGCAUUUUUUAAAAAUUCAAAACAUUAAAAAAAAUUAAGCCUAUUGACAUAUCUGCUGAGUCCUUUAAUUUGAUAGGCAAGGUAAUUAGGGAAAGUAUGGAGUCCCUACCAAGUCAUAUUAUGGCCAGCACCCACCGGACACGUACGCAGCGUAACAUGACAUGGAAACAAAAUAUAACUCCAUCGUUUUUAACGAAGCAAAGCCCAAUAGAAACGUCUGCCGCGCGUCACCUGCACAGGCUUAGAGAACUGUUCUAAAAUCCUGUGCAUCAAGUCCAUACGGCUGAACGCUGUGUCUGGUGGUCGCCUGCCUUUGGACUGCUAAAAUGUGCUGAAUGAGGAUGGCAGCUAGUUGUAAACACUACAUACUAGUACAGUAUACUCAGCUCAAAGCUCAGUUGUUCAAACUCAAACACUUAAGCCACGAAAAACCCAUACAAAUCCUUUUAGGCGGCUGCAUCAUCCCACUGAUAGUGCUACAAUUACCGCUUCAUAAGACAAUUUUUAAGAUUUUUUUUUGCCUACUUUCUAUCUUUGAUGAAGACUGUGAUCCACUCAAGACACACUCAUCUCAUGCUGUGAGUCUGAACCAGAUGGGAAUACACUUUUUUGUUUUGGAUGAACUACCCUACAACCACAUCUGUUAAGUAUCUAUUCUCAAAAGUGUACAAGAGUAUACAUUUAUUAAAUACACAAAUCGCCAUUAAAUUAUUAGGAUU